CUGUAACAAGAAAUUUAAAAGCCAAGAAGCCCUUUGGCGCAAAUGGCAUUUCUCCACUCGGCAUUCGAUGUCAAAUACAACAAAAGCUACGCCCCAGCGUUAUACCAAACCGAACCUCCCUAAACCCGACAGAUCGCCGCACCUCCCCGCCGGUCCAUCGCCGGAUCCGCUGCUCCAAGAUGGCGCUUUCGUUUCCCCCGUUUCUGGUUCCUCCGGGGUCGAAGCUACACAGCCGGGCGACAACCAGCAGCCUAACUCCUCUGCAGCUAAUGCAGCGGCGGAAUCUUCUCGAUCGCGGACGAGAGUGUCGGAGACGAGCUGGUUGCCGCCCGGGUGGUUGGUGGAAGACAGGGUCAGAAGUUCGGGUGCGACGGCUGGGACGAUAGAUAAGUACUACUUUGAUCCUGUCUCGCGCCGGCGGUUUAGGUCCAAGCGAGAGGUGCAGUAUUUUUUGGAGACGGGAAGCGUGAAGAAGCAAAAAAAAGCAGAGAGCUCCGAUGCUAAUGCUAAUUCUGCAGAGGGAUCCAGUGCUAAGAAAAGCAAGACGCCUAAAAAGGAAGCUAGGGUAGCUUCUCAUUUGGACUUCAAUUUUUCCAAUGUGCCCGACAGUGUUGAAUGGAUCCUUGCAGAUGCGAAUAAAGGUACCUGGACACCGUCUGUGGCAGGUAAAAAGCCUCCUGAUUCCGAGAGGCAAAUCUGGGACGCUACCUUCAAGUAUUUGGCUGCUAGAACUGCAGAAUAUACAGCAAAAGGAAAGCAUCUGAAAUGAAACAUAGUCCCUCUCUCACUAGCAGCUUUUGCUGUUCGGAUAUCUUCCACUUCAUUUUUCGAGCCCCUCCUCCAGAGUUUGUUUCAACUUGCUUGAUACUUCCGUCGGAGGCUGUAUUUUAGUGUAUGGUGAGGCCUUCCAUUCACCAAUGUACUAUAGAUUGUAUCCUCUUACCACUCCAGUAGUACCUGCAAACGCAAGAAUAUAAGCCUGCAGAUGGUUUUAUUUUCUUGAUGCAGCUUUACUGAAACUAGAGACUGUGAUUAGGACGUUUUUUACAUUCAAAGUAAACCCGUGCUCCUCCAGCCGAGAGGCAUUUGUUGUAGUUGUAUCUGUAUUGGGGGAUAGUUUUUGUUGACCAGAGUCUGGUAUGGGCACAAGUCUUCUUUCUUGUUCGGGUCGUCUCAUGUAGCUGGUUAUGUAUUAAAUUCAUUUUAUUGUUUGAUCGUGCUUAUUCAAUUUUCG